UUUUAUAAUGACAUUUCGAUGUUUUUCAUCCGCCAUUUUUAAGUUAAUUAUAAAAUUAAAAUUAUGUAAUAAUAUAAAUCAUGUAUUAAAUAGUUUAAUUUGUCUCAGGGGGAUAUAAAGGCUAAUCAAUCGCAUUGCUGUUUUUUAUCCAUAAAUAUACCCACAUGUCUUUGCUUUUCAAGAUGGACGCUGAAAAGUUUUUUUGAGUUUGAAAAUACAUUGCCUAAAUUUUUGGAUAUUUAAGUGCAGUUUUUCCAUCGAAAAUGGUAGGUAAUGGUAGUCUAGCAAUAUUGGAAUCUAAGUAGAAGUAGAUAUUGAUUAAAAAUGUUUGUUGUGUUGUUUUUUGACAAAAUUUUGCCAAUUUUCUUGGCAGUCUGUAACACUUGUGACUGAUUUUGGUGACAUCAAAGUCGAGUUAUUUUGCGAAGAAGCCCCAAAGACGUGUGAGGUAUCGAGAAUUUUGUUCAUUUUCCAAUAAAGAAUUCAUAAUAUUUGUAUUUUCGACAAGAAAAUAUUGAAAUGAUUUAUCAUUCAAGAAAAAUCCCAAAGUUUUGAGAAUUCUCAGAAUAACUUUUUGUUUUGCUUUUCCCAGAACUUUCUUGCCUUAUGUGGUAGUGGAUAUUACAAUGGAUGUAUUUUCCAUAGGUAUUUCUACAUAUGUACAGUUAUAUUUGUGUAAUUGCAGUAAUCAAUGAUUAUAAAUCAAAUAUUAACCAGCAAUUUAUUUGUUUGUAUUUCACAGAAAUAUAAAAGGGUUUAUGGUUCAAACGGGUGACCCAUCAGGUAUAUAAAUGUCUGUAUUAAACAGGACGCUUUUUUUUUAGAUGUGUGCAAUGUGCUAGCAUGUGAACCUGGGUGGGCAAUGUGUUAGGCCACUUGGGCGCUGUUGAUUCAAAUUAAAACGGUCGGUAAACCAUCCAACUUGUGUAAACCAUUAUGAGAUAUGUAUUAGCUGAUUUUAGGGGUGCACCAGAACCAAUUUUUUAAGUUCCAGCCAGAACUGGAUUGGGCCGGAACUGGAAAAAAGGUCCGGCCGGAACCGAUAUAUUAAGCCAUAUAUAGUCAUAUGUUACUUUGUCUGCUGCCAGACAGGCAGACACUUCAAGUCAUCAAGGAGAGAGCUCGAAAAUGUUAGAAUAAAAAGACUGACAAACGUUAAACGUCGUAAUGAAGUGUUAAUGGUGUAUAUAUUCCUUGUGUAGUCCAAGUUUCUUGCUGUGAACUUUUGUUAGACACAAAAACAUUUGAUAUUCUAUCUCUCUGAUAGUAGCAGAGUCCGGUUCUGGCCAUGUUUUUCCCAGCCGGUCAGUUCCAGCCGGAACUAACCGGCUGGAACUGAGUUCCGAUGCACCCCUAGCUGAUUUGCCUGCCUUUGUCCACAUAGGUGAGGCUUCUAUACAGCAUUUCUUGCAAAAAUUAGUAUUGCGCUUUUCAUGAAAAAUAAAAGAGAACAAAAACCGAUUUUUCGGUUAUUGGAAAUGAAAACCGGUUUUAAAAAGAAAACCGAAAAACCGGUUGACCCCCAAUCCUGGGCCACUCCAAAUUAGACUUAAGUUUCCCGUCCGGCCCUUAUUUCAAGUUACACCUUAUAACAUAUGUCCACCACUGGAGUUAAACUGUCAAUAUUUUUAAACUAGGGACAGGAAAAGGUGGAAAAAGUAUUUGGGGAAGAAAGUUUGAAGAUGAAAUUGUUCCAACAUUAAAGGUACUUGGAAGCAUACAAGACAAUUCACAAGUCGAGUUUUGUUAAUUUAAUAUACAGUAAUUAUACGAUUUAAUUAUUUCAGCACAAUGUUCGUGGAGUGGUAUCAAUGGCUAACAGCGGACCGAACACAAAUGGGUCGCAAUUUUUUAUCACCUAUGCAAGACAGCCUCAUUUAGACAUGAAAUAUACAGUGUUUGGCAAGUAUGUUGUAGCCUUGAAGUGUUCAUUUGUUUUGGCAGUUUUUUAUCAAGAGUGAGAAUACAAAUAGUCUAUUCCCCUCUCUAAGUCUAACUUUAACAUUGAUUUAUUUUCCAGAGUUAUUGACGGAGGAGAGACGCUCGAUGACCUAGAAAAAAUUCCGGUGAAUGAGAAGACAUAUAAACCACUACACGAAGUGCUUAUUCAGCAAAUUAAGAUCCACGCAAAUCCUAUUGCCGACAUGCAAAGUUAACAUCAAAACGAUGGUAAUUCUACAUUACUUCAUGAUGAAAUGCAUAAUGCAUUUUGUUGUGAUGUCAGCUGGCUUGCACUACCAAAUGCCCGGUUUAAACUCGAGAAAAAAUCUGACAUUUCACGCCUGUAUAUAGUGGAAUCCCAUAAAAUUGGCACACAGACUCUUUUACAGGCCUGCAAAUUAGUGCCGGCCAUCGGUCAUUGUCCGUCCAAAUUUUUUACCUUUUGUCUGAUCAAAGCUUUUUAUGACCGGACAUGUGACCGACCGAUUUAGGCCGGUCAAAUCUCCGAUCUCAAAAAAUUGUUUAUUUAACAUGCACAUUUUUUUAUGAAUGAAACCAACAAGAAAGCAAUAUGGACAGCGCAUUAAGCCGUAAGAUUUAAUUAGAAAUUAUGUAUAACCUGAACCAUAAUUUACUGAUGCAUUAUUUAGCACUAGUAGAUAUAUACUAAGCUUUAGAUGCAUUGCAGUGCGUCGUGAAAACAAAAUAUGAAAAAUUUUACUUUGUCCGGGAAAAAUUGAUUAAUGUCUGACCAAUAUUUGCUUCGCCAGACAUUUGUCCUUCCAAGUAGAAUAAUUAUUUGCAGACCUGCUUUCACACAGUGUUACUGAGUGGUACAUGGUGUUCCAUACUGUUUCAUGUGUAACAUAAUGUUACAUGGUGUUACAAAGACUUUAUAGUGUUACACACUAUAUUGCAUAGUGUUGCGCACUGUUGCAUUCCAAUUGACCGUUCUUCAUAUAGUAAUAGAGUAGUAUACGUUCACAGUAAACCUUUCAAAAUAUAAAUUUUUUUAAACUCUAAUCAGUAAUUACCAAAACAAACAUACAUAAUUCUGACGGGUACUGCAUGUUUAUUAAAAUAUGAAAUACGUACAAAUUGAAUGAGUUAUAUACGCUUUCGUUGUCUACAACAUGCUACAUUCUACAUUCUUGACAUGCUACAUUCACGGCUAUUCAUUGCUACUUUGUAUUUCAAAAUUUAAGCUUCCUUAAAAUCCAUGUAAACAAAUAACGUACCAGGCGGUUUCAAGCGUUCACACCAUAUAUAC